ACACCCACACCCACCCACCAUAUAUAAAAACACAGAUACACAGAAAGAGAGAGAGAGUGUUACUUUUAAAAAAGGAAAUGAUGAUGUCUUCUGAAAGACAACUCCAUAGUUUCAGCAGCAGUACUCUAACUGUCUUAAUAUCUGUAUUUCUGGUUUUGUUCAUAAUAUCACAACCACCUCAUCAUCAUCAUCAUCAUGCAUCUGCUGCCCGUAUUAUGGAAACUGAUAAUCAUGAUCCCUUCUCCGACAUUUCAAACAGGGUUAAUCUCUCUGUCUACUAUGAAUCUCUGUGCCCAUAUUGUGCAAACUUCAUAGUCAACCAUCUCGUCAACAUUUUUCAGACAGAUCUCAUCAACAUUGUCAAUCUCAGGCUAAUCCCCUGGGGCAACACUCAAAUUCAGCCCAACGAUACCUGGAUUUGCCAGCAUGGUAUAGACGAGUGUAAGCUGGAUGUUACAGAAGCAUGUGCAAUAAAUGAGUGGCCUCAAGUGGAGACUCAUUUCAGGUUCAUAUACUGCGUAGAGAGACUGCAUUUGAUGAACAAGCACACCCAGUGGCAAUCUUGUUUUGCUUCAAAUGGUUUUGAUCCUAAACCCCUUGAUAAUUGCUACAAUAACGGCCUCGGAUAUCAGCUUGAGAAAACAUAUGCUGAUGAAACGGCUAAUCUGAAUCCAAGACACAAAUUUGUGCCAUGGGUGCUUGUCAACAAUUUUCCUCUUCAACAAGAUUAUCAGAAUUUUGUAGGCUACAUUUGCAAAGCAUACAGAGGAGGAUAUAAGAAGCCAAAUGCUUGCAAAUCAUCUACUAUUUCUACCUCUUUAACCAUCAACUCAUCUGAAGCAGCACCAAUUUCUACACCCCAAGUUACCAAUCCCUAAGACUACUUAUUAAUGAAUCGGGGACGCUUGUUUUGGAAUGAAUACAAAAUUUGAAGUACUCCCUAAUAACAAUAAUAAUAAUAAUAUAGUUCUAUUAUAUUAAUGAUCGAUCAUAUAUAUGUAUUAGUUUCAAUAUUGCGAUGUGCACUUGAUAUGUUUCAAAACAUAUUCCAUAUAUGUAAGAAUUAGUAACUAUAUAUACAGCUUCGUGUUGGCCGAUGUGUUAAUCUAUUAGUUAAAUGGAAAAACCAACAUACAUGGCAUAA